GUCAUUUUCAACCCUUAGUUAGGUUAGCCAUGGAAGUGGGUUCCUUGUUGGCUGUCAUACCAAUUUUUUGUGGUCUUAUGAUACUGAGAUGGCUUCUCAGAAAUGUGAAUUGGUGGCUUUAUGAGCGUCCUUUAGGUGAGAAGCAAUACUCUCUACCUUUAGGAGACUUGGGAUUGCCCUUCAUUGGCAAUAUGUGGUCUUUUCUCCUUGCCUUCAAGUCUGGUUAUCCUGAGUCCUUCAUGGCCUCCAUUUACUCCAAAUACGGAACAAAUGGAAUAUACAAGGUGUUGCUGUUUGGGAAGCCAAGUGUGAUAGUGACAACACCAGAAGCAAGCAAGAGAGUUUUAAUGGAUGAUGAUAAAUUUGAGCCUGGUUGGCCAGCCUCCACAGUGGACCUCAUGGGAAAGAAAUCAUUCAUUUCAAUUCCUUAUGAAGAACACAAGCGUCUAAGGCGUUUGACUUCUGCUUCCAUCAAUGGCAUGGAUGCCUUGUCUUUUUACUUGACAAAAAUUGAAGACAUUGCUAUAUCUUCAUUGGAGAAAUGGAGCAAGACGGGAGAGAUUGAGUUUCUCACUGAGUUACGAAGAUUCACAUUUCGUAUCAUCAUGCAUAUUUUCUUAGGCUCAGAGGGAGACAAUGUUAUGCAUAACCUGGAAAAAGAGUACACAACCCUAAAUCUUGGUGUUAGAGCUAUGAAAAUCAAUCUUCCUGGAUUUGCAUAUCACGAAGCCCUCAAGGCUAGGAAAAAACUAGUGGCCGUAUUUCAAAGUGUUGUUGAUCAACGAAGAAAAGAAAGGAAGGAAAAUGUUUAUUAUAGAAAAUCCAGAGACAUGAUCGAUGGUCUAAUGGAUGCGAAAGAUGAAAAUGGAAAGAAAUUAGAUGAUGAACAAAUCAUUGACAUUAUGUUAAUGUAUUUGAAUGCUGGUCAUGAAUCUUCAGGUCAUACUACAAUGUGGGCCACAGUUUACCUACUGCAACAUCCAGAAAUUUUUCAGAAGGCUAAGGAUGAACAGGAAGAAAUCAUCAAAAGAAGGCCUCCAACACAAACUGGGUUGACACUCAAGGAAAUUCGCCAAAUGGAAUACCUUUCUAAGGUGAUUGAUGAAACCAUGCGUUUGGUUACAUUCUCAUCUAUGGUAUUUCGAGUGGCAAAAUCAGAUGUGAAUAUCAAUGGCUAUCUUGUUCCCAAAGGAUGGAAAGCUCUUGUUUGGUUCAGGGCAAUUCAUUUUGAUCAAAAGAUAUAUCCAAAUCCGUUGGAAUUCAAUCCUUCUAGAUGGGAUAAUUUUAUACCGAAAGCUACGGAGUUUAUGCCAUUUGGAGCUGGAAGUAGAUUGUGUCCAGGAAAUGAACUUGCAAAGCUAGAAAUCACGGUUUUUCUUCAUCACUUUCUUCUCAAUUACCGGCUUGAACGUUUGAAUCCUAAGAGUCCUGUGAUGUACCUUCCGCAUACAAGACCUGCUGAUAACUGCAAGGCUAAGAUUCAUAAGAUACCCAAAGUGUGAUUAACACUGGAGGGAUUCUAAAUGAAGACAGCAUCCGCAUGCAUUUUUUAUUCCGUCCUUUUUUUUUUUUUUUCGUUCGAGUUAGUAAUUUCUCUUUAUGAGUAAGUUGGGUGGAAAACCCCAUUUUGGGACUUCAUGCAUAUAUAGUGGCCUGGGCGCUGCAAAUCAUAACGUAUAAUAAUAUUCUGGAAUCUAUGUU